UUCCUGUAUCUAUAAAUAUAUUUUCUGGGGUUCCUCCAUUUUUAAGCCACCAUUACAGAACCCCAAGAAAAAGGGCCCAAAAAUAUGAAACACAUAGCCACUUUUUUGCUUUUGGUUUCUGUCUCCACCCUUGUUUUGCAGGUGUAUAUGAAUGAGGCGCCACUACAUGAAUUUCUACUACGGUAGAUAAUUUCUAAGAUUACAUAAAGCUAGAAAGAUGUUUCAUAGCAAGUUAUUGCCCAGGUCCUAACUCCUACGAAAGUAAUUGUCUAAUUAAACCAUGUGGAGACAAAUCCUAGUUUGCCAUGAGCUUCUGCAAGGCCACUGUUGAUUCUGUGCUGGUUCAUCUUCACAAUUGAGUGGGAAUUGUCAAAUGGUUGUUGCAGAAAAUCCAAUAUCCCAAGCUAAAGCGGAAUCUGCAAUCCUUCAGGACUCAAUCGUCAAACAGGUUAAUGAAAAUGAAAAAGCUGGAUGGAGAGCUGCACUGAACCCUCAAUUCUCGAAUUUCACGGUUUCCCAAUUUAAGCGCCUUCUUGGAGUUAAGCCCACAAGAAAGGGUGAUUUGAAGGGCAUCCCCAUUUUAACUCAUCCAAAACUUUUGAAGUUACCCCAAGAGUUUGAUGCACGAGUGGCUUGGCCUCAGUGUAGCACUAUUGGGAGAAUUCUUGAUCAGGGACAUUGUGGUUCUUGUUGGGCCUUUGGUGCUGCUGAGUCGUUGUCUGAUCGUUUCUGUAUUCAUUAUGGAUUGAAUAUCUCUCUGUCAGCAAAUGAUAUCAUAGCAUGCUGUGGCUAUUUAUGCGGGGAUGGUUGUGAUGGUGGAUAUCCAUUAGAAGCUUGGAAAUACUUUGUUCGCAAGGGUGUGGUCACUGAAGAGUGUGACCCUUACUUUGAUAAUAAGGGAUGUUCCCACCCUGGAUGUGAACCUGGAUAUCCCACUCCACAGUGCAAGAGGAAGUGUGUUAAAGAGAAUCUACUCUGGAGUAAAUCCAAGCAUUUUGGCGUCAAUGCAUACCUGAUUAACUCCGAUCCAUACAGUAUCAUGACAGAAGUUUACAAGAAUGGACCAGUUGAGGUUUCUUUUACUGUUUACGAGGACUUCGCGCACUACAAGUCUGGAGUUUACAAGCACAUAAAUGGUGAGGAAAUGGGAGGCCAUGCUGUUAAACUCAUUGGAUGGGGAACCUCUGAGGAUGGAGAGGACUAUUGGCUCCUUGCCAAUCAAUGGAACAGAGGCUGGGGUGACGAUGGUUACUUCAAGAUCAGAAGAGGAACAAACGAGUGUGGCAUUGAAGAAGAAGUCGCUGCAGGAAUGCCUUCAGCCAAAAACCUGAACGUGGAACUUGAUGUCUCUGAUGCUUUACUCGAUGCCUCAAUGUGAUUGCUAAUUCUUCAACUAAACACUAAAUAGGAUUCAAGUUUCUGAAGAUUUGGGGAAUAAUAACAUUUUAAGCUUCAUAUUCUUCCCCUCUUAAGUUAUCUGCAACAUAUGUAAUCUGCAGUAGUUCCACAAUCUUAAUUAUCUGUGGAAGUGUUUUCCUUGUCUGUUAUGUAUUUCUUCACAAGUACUCUGUCAAUCUUGACCAAGUUAAAACAUUAUCAUAUGUUGUACUUGAUAUUAUCAAUGAAAUGUAUUUAGACUUAGUUGUUGCUGUUGUGAUCAAA